AGUUUCAGUCAAGGUUUUAAAACUGAAGGUCGGGUGGUGCUCGUUAGGGCCGUAAUGGAAAAUAUCAGCGAUGAUGAAUUGCGAUCAGCUUUAUCUAGAUAUUUAGAUGUCGUUCCACCAGUGACAGAAUCAACUCGAGCAACUUUGAUUGCUAAGCUGAAAAAGUGCAUAUCAAAUGGUUCUGAGAGUUUAAUAAAGGAUACUCCACAAAACGUCGUAGAUAAUCCUAUCACCAUAACGGAAGAUAGACCAAUACAGACUAUAAUUUCCGAUAAUAGUCGUGAAUCACCGAAAUAUGAGACGACUGAGGUACUAGAAAGACCUUUAUCUACUAAAGAGCUAUCUGCAAGUUUUAUGAAUGGAUUACCAAUACAAAACCACUCAUCUCCCAUACUAGAAUGCGUUUCUCGACUCCCAAGUUAUCGUCGUCGAUCUAUACAUCCAGACCGACCAGGAAUAGAUGACCCCUACGCUGAUGAUUUGGCUUGGUUUCCAUCAUUAUCAUCAACAAAAUGUCGUGAACAGACCAACAAACAAAAGACGUUUCAAAACACGAAAGGAAUCCUCAGGGAAAAUCUUAUGAAGUCUUUUUUGUAUGUCAGCAUUGGUUUAAUGUCUGUCAUUCUCGAUAGUUGCUUUUCCUCCCUCUCUAAGUUAACGAGUAAGUUGAUUGUCUUUUAUGUUUAGUUUUUGCACGUAUUUGUGGUCAACUAAGAUUAGACAGAAUCAACCUUACCUCCAGGUUUAUUUUUUGUUAUGGUAAAAAAAUUAUGUUCUUCUAACUUAACUGAGAAAAUUUGGGCACUAGUGUGAUACUGUCUCAAUUUAGGUGGAAAAACUUUGAAACGUCAGUCGGGCAAGACUUACAAGAUAAGUAAAAGUCAGAGUCAGGUUUAGACCACAAAUAGACGUGUAACAAAAAUUGUGAAGGUUCAGAAAUGUUAGCGACUAAAUCUUUGUCGCUUACCGUUCUCGAUCAGUGGUUUUCAUUCUUUAGUGAGUUUCAACUACGAAGUCUACAUUUAUUAUUGUACCUCAAAGGAAUGGUAGGCGACAUUAUGGAAUAAUCCGAUUUCACGGUGUGCUUAAUUCAAAUAUUUCCAUAUCUUAAUUAUUUCCUAACGUUCGACAUUACAGGUGUGUGAUCAUAUUAAACAUCAAUCACCUGGGUCAGUUGGGGUAAGUUCUCUACUCAUCGGCUUAAUUUGGCAGUUUGUCUCACUUAUUCAAACAACACUUCACCAUAGGCAAGUGCGCUUGGCACGUCAAUGUGACAGUUACGGUCAGGUUUUAUUUUGUUAAUUACUACGACUGAGAUUUCUUCGUUUUAAAUUCUGUAUCUUAACCAUUUACCAAUAUAAGAUAAUACUGAAUUUUAGUGUUGAUCCGGUUGACAUGAUACUUCAACGGUUUUUACCAACUGACAGUCGUACUCGAUUUGAAAAUAAGCAGUGUAGAAUCAGUAGCUUACGCAGGAUCAUCACCUAAUGAGGUUCUCUAUUGGUUUUGGAAUGUAGAAUCUUGUACGGCGAUAAUUCGAAAAUAGUACAGCUGAGGCAAACCAACUUCUUCAAAUUAUUAAGAAAAUUUGCACGAUCUGGGUUUCCAAGUUGUCGCGUUAAGCUAGCUGCCAAUGAAUCCAUGCAUCGGCUUGGUUUAUAUAGUUAAUUGAGCCUCAAAGCAAAGUAAACCGUAGGUCUUCCUGUUCUACGGUUUUUGAAUAAACACAAGAAACGCUGUGUUCCUCUUGAAUAUCCUUAUAACAAGGAUAAAUUCCCACAAUAAGUUGUACACUAAAACUGGGUUUGUAUGUUUGACUGAGUGUACACCAAGUAUCUCACUCUAAGACAUUUAAACGUCAUGCUUGUUCAGAGUAAAGAAGACAAGGAAUCGGUAACUACUUGUAGUAUGUGCCCACGAAUAAUGUUUACCAAUAUAAUGACUUGUAGACGUUUACGUUAUAGGUAAAUUAUCAAUUCACAAAUAAGAUUUAUAAUUUAUUUGCGAUUAUUCAAUUGAAUUGAUGUAUGACUAACCACUUUUUUCAAAUUUAUUUUUUCUAGAUGUCGUAUCCACUUGUAUACCAUCCUUAAGGAUCUGUCUUUGUGUCAUUUUAUUUGGAUUGCUUUUAUGUGGACUGUAUAAGAUUCUACUCGGGGAUCCAUUUUAUCAUAAUCCCGUGGAGGAUCUAUAUAACAUCAUACAGUUUCCUUUUGUUAAGUAGGCAUUGUUUAAUUUAUACUGGGGUGGCUUUGUAGUCCCGGUUCAACAUUCUUUAGUGUAUUUUUUAAAAUAGCUUUUUCUAACCGUUUUGUACUAUACUGUUUACUUUUGUAUAUGUACUCAGUGUAAUAAAACAUGAAUGUUCUGGUGU